UUCGAAUUUUGUAGUGUAAUUUAUAACAAUGAGUGAUGAUAAAUCAGAGGAUAACGCAGCGAGUUUAUCUAGCGCAACGGAAACCUUAAAAAUAGAAGAUAAUGGUGACGCCGUGAAAUCGGAUAAAGUGAAAAUUGACAUAUUAUUGAAGGCAACGGGCAACGCUCCGAUCAUGAAGAAGAAGAAGUGGGCCGUGGACGCAGAGAAGCCAAUCGGCUGGAUCAUGGAGUUUGUCAAGAAGUACCUCAAGCUGGAACCUGAUGAGAGACUUUUCCUGUACGUGAACCAGACAUUCGCUCCGUGCCCGGACCAGAUAGUGAGGAAUCUGUACGAGUGUUUCGGCACCGACGGCAAACUGGUGCUGCAUUACUGCAAGAGCCAGGCGUGGGGCUGAAUGGAAAUACGUCAAUCAUU